AUGUCUACAAAUAUUGCUUAUGAUGAUGACAGAAAAACGGAAUUGAUUGCUCAAUAUGAGUCCAUUAGGAAAGAAGUGGAAACAGAAGCAAGAAAGGUUUGUGAUGAUAAAAGUGCCUCUAAGGUUUCUAUUUUAGCUGUUUCGAAGUUGAAACCGGCCAGUGAUAUAAAAAUCCUGUACGAUCAUGGUGUAAGAGACUUUGGGGAGAAUUACGUUCAAGAAUUGAUAGAAAAAUCAAGCUUAUUACCUGAUGAUAUUGACUGGCAUUUUGUCGGUGGUUUGCAAACAAAUAAAUGCAAAGAUUUAGCAAAAGUACCAAAUUUGCGCAUUGUUGAAACAGUCGACUCCUUGAAAAAAGCCAAGAAGCUAAAUGAGUCAAGGGCUAAAUUUCAACCUGAUUGUGACCCAAUAUUGUGUCAUGUUCAAAUUAAUACAUCGCAUGAAGAUCAAAAAUCAGGCCUAAGUGGCGAAACGGAAAUAUUCGAUGUGAUUUCUUUCUUUUUGUCUGACGAGUGCAAGCAUAUCAAACUGAACGGGUUAAUGACUAUUGGCUCAUGGAAUGUUUCCCAUGAAGAUGGUGAAGAAAACAAGGAUUUCACCACGCUGGUUAGUUGGAAGCAGAAAAUCGAUGCUAAAUUCGGAACAUCAUUGAAGUUGUCGAUGGGGAUGAGUGCUGAUUUUAAGCAGGCCAUAAAACAAGGAGCAUCAGAAGUUAGAAUUGGAACAGAAAUUUUUGGGGCAAGACCUCCAAAAAAUGAAGCAAGAAUCAUUUAA